CUCAAUGCGACGGCUGAGUUUUCCGACUUCACCAUGGCCGAAGCUGAAUCAAAAAAGGUGAUCAAGUUAGUUCCUGAGUAUCUCCUGAAAAAGAGGAAAGCUUAUCAGGCCAUUAAAGCCACACAAGCGAAGCUUGCGCUCCUUGACAAGAGAAAGAUAUCGAAAGGUAAAGCGUUAAAGUUCAAGCGUUUGGAAGACCUCUUGAAAGACAGUCACAAGAAGCACCGUGAUGAAACUCGUAUCCAGAGAGGUGAGCACAGGCCACCUGCCCCUCUGCCUCCCGCUAAGAACAGGCUAGCCUUCGCCGUCCGCAUCAGAGAGAUUAAAGGUGUCAGUCCCAAAGUGAUGAAGGUAAUCCAGAUGUUGAGACUGAGGAAGAUCUUCAGUGGGGCCUUCGUCAAAAUCAACAAGACCUCUGUAGCCAUGAUGAAGAAGGUGGAGCCCUAUGUGGCCUGGGGUUUUCCCAACUUGAAGUCUGUUCGUGAGCUCAUUCUGAAGAGAGGACAGACCAGGAUAGGCACGAGGAGAGUCCCUCUAACAGACAACACCUUCAUCGAGCAACACAUGGGUAAACAUGGCAUCAUCUGUUUGGAGGACCUGAUUCACGAGAUUUACUCAGUUGGCAAGGGCUUCCGGGCUGCCAACAACUUCCUGUUGCCUUUCAAGCUGUCAGUGGCUCGUCACGCAGCCAGGGAUAAGGCUGGGCUCCUCAAGGACCUGGGAAACCCUGGAUUCCGCGAUACAGACAUAAACUCAAUCAUCAGACAACUGAACUGAGGAAGAUGGACAUGGAGCAGCAACUUCAAGGAUGCUUUAUUUGUUGAGGAGCAAAUGUCAAGGAUGACAAAAUAUUUAUAUUUGUUUUUCUGGCAGAGAAGCUUGUGGGUUUCAGCCAGUCACAUAUAUCUGUGCACCCAUUCACUGGUUACACUUACAGCACACUGGGGGACAUCAGAGGGACCUGAAGUGGACUACCUUGCCUUAUCCAUGUUGUUUUUUUAUUUUGCACUCAUGUUUCAAAAAUGAUACCAUGUAGUGCCCCCAACCAUGGACUGAUGGAAGCAGAUGUGCUCUUGGGUGAAACUGACAGCAUUCUGAAUAACUCAUGAAAUGUAAAAUAUUGUCUGUUAAAGGUUGCUAAGUUGCUAUACGUGAUAUUCCUCAGGUUAUCAGAGGGAUGGAUCAAUACUUGCUACGUAUGCAAGGACAGUAAUUAAAUAAUAAGCACAGGCUGUGUGCAAACUCUUGUACUUCAUCCAGUAGUUUUCAGUGUGAAAAGGUGUAGAAGUCUGAAAAAUCUGUUUAACGCUGAUUCAUUUGUUGAUUUGUGAUUCACUGUUAAUACACUUUGUUUUUACAAUGACAAAAAACAAUUUGAUUCAGUGCUUUUGCAAUAGUAACGAAUAUGUUUGACACAACAUUGAGAGCCUGUUGGGCAACCAAAAUGUGAUACGUGAUAUAUGUGAAUAUGAUAUAGAUACAUACAGACAAACACGUGGUGCCAUAGCUGUCAUUGUGUUUUAGAUGCUGUUCCACACAAUAAAUGCAGAUACUCUA